AUGGUUCUUCCUUCCUUAUUCGCAUCUACUUCUAGAGUUGCUUUCAAGGCUGCUCAAAAAAACCACGCCAACUUCGUGAGAACUUUGGCCACCGCUGUCUCUUCUGGUAAGGUCACCUCUGUUAUUGGUGCCGUUGUCGAUGUCAAAUUCGAACAAGGUAGUUUGCCAGCUAUUUUGAACGCUUUGGAACUUGAAAACAAUGGUCAAAAAUUGAUCUUGGAAGUUGCUCAACAUUUGGGUGAAAACACCGUCAGAACUAUUGCUAUGGAUGGUACUGAAGGUUUGGUCAGAGGUCAAGCUGUCGUUGACACUGGUGCCCCAAUCUCUGUCCCAGUCGGUAGAGAAUGUUUGGGUAGAAUUAUCAACGUUGUUGGUGAACCAAUUGAUGAAAGAGGUCCAAUCAACACCAAGAGCAGAAACCCAAUUCACGCUGACCCACCAGCUUUUGUUGAACAAUCCACUGAAGCCGAAGUUCUUGAAACCGGUAUCAAGGUUGUCGACUUGUUGGCCCCAUACGCCAGAGGUGGUAAGAUUGGUUUGUUCGGUGGUGCCGGUGUCGGUAAGACUGUGUUCAUCCAAGAAUUGAUUAACAACAUUGCCAAGGCCCAUGGUGGUUUCUCUGUUUUCACUGGUGUCGGUGAAAGAACCAGAGAAGGUAACGAUUUGUACCGUGAAAUGAGAGAAACCGGUGUCAUCAACUUGGAAGGUGAAUCCAAGGUCGCCUUGGUCUUCGGUCAAAUGAACGAACCACCAGGAGCUAGAGCUAGAGUUGCUUUGACUGGUUUGACCAUUGCCGAAUACUUCAGAGAUGAAGAAGGUCAAGAUGUCUUGUUGUUCGUCGACAACAUUUUCAGAUUCACCCAAGCUGGUUCUGAAGUGUCUGCUUUGUUGGGUCGUAUUCCAUCCGCCGUCGGUUAUCAACCAACUUUGGCCACCGAUAUGGGUCUUUUGCAAGAACGUAUUACCACCACCAAGAAGGGUUCCGUCACCUCUGUCCAAGCCGUUUACGUGCCAGCCGAUGAUUUGACUGAUCCUGCUCCAGCCACCACUUUUGCUCACUUGGAUGCCACCACUGUGUUGUCCAGAGGUAUCUCUGAAUUGGGUAUCUACCCAGCCGUCGAUCCAUUGGAUUCCAAGUCCAGAUUGUUGGAUGUUGCCGUUGUUGGUCAAGAACAUUACGAUGUUGCCACUGGUGUCCAACAAACCUUGCAAGCUUACAAGUCUUUGCAAGAUAUCAUUGCCAUUUUGGGUAUGGAUGAAUUGUCCGAAGCCGACAAGUUGACCGUCGAAAGAGCCAGAAAGAUCCAAAGAUUCUUGUCUCAACCAUUCGCCGUCGCUGAAGUUUUCACUGGUAUCCCAGGUAGAUUGGUCAGAUUGGAAGAAACCAUCAAGUCUUUCAAGGACGUUUUGGAAGGUAAAUACGAUCACUUGCCAGAAAACGCUUUCUACAUGGUUGGUGGUAUUGAAGAUGUUCUUGCCAAGGCUGAAAAAUUGGCUGCCGAAGCUAACUAG